AUAGAGUUCAAUGCUAACUAAUCAAAGGCAAUGGACAAAACCUGCUUUCUCUUGUUUUUGUUGAUACAGGUUUGGUCACAGCUUGUAUCAUGCCAUAGACCAGUUAAGCUACAGUAUCUUCCAGGGUUUCAGGGACCACUUCCAUUUGAGCUGGAAACUGGAUAUAUUGGUGUGGACGAAUCAGAUGAUGUGCAGCUUUUCUAUUACUUCGUUAAGUCACAUAAAGAUGACCCUCUCAUUCUUUGGCUAACCGGUGGCCCUGGCUGCUCCGCCUUCUCCGGACUUGUUUACGAAAUAGGUCCUCUAAAAUUUAAGGUAGUGGAGUACAAUGGGAAUUUACCUACACUGGUCUUCAAUCCACAUUCUUGGACACAGGUAUCCAACAUAAUAUUUGUAGAUAUUCCUGUCGGCACUGGAUUUUCCUUUGCAAGAACUCCACUUGCCUCACAGUCAGGAUAUCGCAUACAAGUAAACCAAACUGAACAAUUUCUUAGAAAGUGGCUAAUAGAUCAUCCAGAAUUCCUCUCAAAUCCAAUUUAUAUUGCCGGGGACUCUUAUUCUGGCAUGGUUGUUCCUGCAAUAGUUCAAAAGAUCUCUAACGGAAAUGAAGAAGGUACCAAACCACUAAUAAAUGUUCAGGGAUACAUACUAGGCAACCCUUCAACAGAUCCCAGGUUUGAUUAUAACUCGAAGAUCCGAUUUGCUCAUGGAAAAGGAUUAAUUUCUGAUGAACUUUUUGAGUCCUUGAAGAGAAGCUGUGGAGAAGAAUAUAGAGGUGUAGAUCCUGGUUAUGUAGAGUGUUAUAAACAAAUGCAGGACUAUGAUAAGUGUACAGAAAGAAUUAAUCCUACACAAAUUAUGGAACCGUUUUGUGCUUUUGGUUCCACAAGAACAACACCAAUAUUCGGCAGAAGAUCUCUCUACGAUAUGGGAUUCUUUGAUUUUAGUCUCUCAAUUCCUCCGGUUGAUUGCCGGGACUAUGCAUAUGUGCUAUCUGAAUAUUGGGCCAAUGAUAAGACCGUCAGGAAAGCACUUCAUAUACAAGAGGGAAGUACAGAGAGAUGGAUGCGAUGCAAUUACGGAAUAAACUACACAUACGAUAUAGCUAGCGGUAGCACUAUCAACUAUCACAAAUUUCUUGCAAGCAAAGGUUAUCGUUCAUUAAUCUACAGCGGUGACCAUGAUAUGGUCGUGCCAUUUGUGGGUACUCAAGCAUGGAUACGAUCUCUGAAUUAUUCAAUUGUCGAUGAUUGGCGACCAUGGUUGGUUCAAGGCCAAGUUGCAGGAUACACAAGAACAUACUCGAAUCAAAUGACAUUUGCGACCGUAAAGGGAGGAGGACAUACAGCUCCAGAAUACAAACCUGAAGAAUGCUUUGAGAUGUAUAAAAGAUGGCUAAGUCAAGAACCAUUGUAAUUCAUCAGAUGAAAAAAUACUGACAGUAAUAUGCUUAAUUUUAGAGUUAGAGAACUGUACUUUUCUUGAUUAAUUUUCUGUAGCAGAUGAUGCAUUACUUCAGUAAAUCAGUUCUUGCAAAAUGAA